GCAGCUCGUAAAGUUCCAGCGAAAAGAACAAGAAAGAGGGUAGUUCUCUACUUCCUAUGACAGCUCUAAUUUCAUCUCUCGCAGCGUAGUCCCGUCACAACCAUAACCCAUGCAACUGGGUCGAAAUAUCGAUGUCUCAAAAUCAUCAAAAUAAGUCACGUCAGACGGCAGUAGGAUCUUGGACAAGGGUUCCAGUAUGCUUCAUUAUAUUUUACUAGGAAUAGUCGCGUGUGUUGUGGCGUGAGUGUACCUGCGGUGGUUGAAGGUCAGGAACUAUUGGGCGGAGCGUGGGGUGCCGCACUUACCACCAAAUCCAAUAUUGGGCAGUUUGACUUUCCUGCAGAAAAUUAAUGUGGGAUUAUGGAUGCGUCAGAUGAACGAAUACUUCAGAACACCCUAUAUCGGCAUCUGGUUGUUCUGGAGACCAGCCCUCAUCAUCAACUCGCCUGAAAUCGCUCGCAGGGUGCUGGUGAAGGAUUCAGGCAGCUUCAGGAACAGGCUCGUAGGGUCUGGUGAUAGUGAUCCUAUUGGGAGUUUGAAUUUGUUCACUAUUAAUGACCCUGAAUGGACAAACUUACGUCGUCGUUUGACAAGCACAUUCACAGCAGCCAAACUCAGAGUAUUACAAGACUACGUUCGUUCUAAGUCCAAGGAGUUGGUACAAAGGAUUCAGAGGGAGCAGAAAAGCCGGAUACCUUUAAAGUCCCUGUUCGUGGACUAUACAACAGAUGUGAUUGGUACAUCAGCUUUCGGUGUAGCCUGCAAUGCCACUCUGACCGGCAAGGAUCCUCUCAGAUCGGUUGCCGAGGGCUUCAUGACAUACAGUCCUGUCAGAGGACUGGGAACUUGCUGUGUGUUCUUUUUCCCGGAGCUGGUUAAUAUUUUUCGGUUUAAGUUCUUCCCAAACUCAGCCACAGAUUACUUCAGGAAGAUCUUCAAAGCUGCAGCAGCACAGCGUGAGGUCAGUGGUACUGUUGGGGAGUCUAAGGACCUGCUGGAUGCUUUGUUGAAACUGAGGAAAGAAACUGUAGAAAAUAAUGAGGGUUAUUCAGAAGACACUAUACUUGCGCAGGCAGCGAUUUUCCUAUUCGGUGGAUUUGACACGUCUGGAUCUCUGCUGGCGUUUAUUACAUACGAAUUAGCCUUCCAUCUGGAUAUACAGGAAAAAGUGUACGAAGAAAUUAUUGAAGCCAAAAGAUUGCAUGGAUGUGAAGAUUUUACACCAGAACAGUUGGCAGAAAUGACUUAUUUUAAUUGUGUUAUCAAAGAAGUUCUACGAAAACACACUUCAAUGGGGUGGCUGGACAGGGUUGCAAAAAUAGACUACCAAAUUGAUGACAAACUGACUAUCAAAGCAGGCACCCCUGUUUACAUCAACUCAAUGGGCAUGCACUACAACCCUGACUACUUCAACGAUCCAGGAAAAUUUGAUCCUGAUAGAUUUCUACCGGAAAAUGAAAAGGACAUAAAACCUUACACUUUUAUGCCUUUUGGGGAAGGUCCAAGGACUUGCAUAGGUCAAAGGUUUGCGUUAAUGACAGUGCGUUAUGCAAUAGCUUACAUGAUGCUGAAUUACAAAGUUCAACCCUUUCCGAAUACCCCGAAGCCAGAAGAUGUGAUUAUUGAGAAGAGAGGGAUGUUUUACAGUCCCGGUGAACCAAUCUGUGUUGAAUUUGUGCCUAGAAUUAGUUAACUUAUAUUAUUUUGUAUUAAUUGUUGGAAAAAAAUUACAAGUAUAGAUAUUAAAACCUACCACCUUCGAAUGUAACUUAUUUAUUAACUUAUACCUGGGUUAUUGUACUAGGCCUCUUUUUUUAGGGUU